AUGGAGUCUGAAUCAACUGAGGCCCGGAAGGCAGCAGCAGAGGCUAUAUUUGAAGUUUCUUCUGGUGGUCUUUCAGAUGGCCAUGACAAUGUGGUGGAAGGGUUUGUUACUGGAGCUUUGAGGAACCUUUGCAAUGUGAAGGAUGACUAUUCGAGAGCUACACUGAAGGCUGGAGUAGUAAAUAUAAUUGUGGGUCUUCUUGCUUCUGAUAAUGCUGCUGCUCAAUCCAAUGCAGCUUCCCUUUUGGCCAGAUUGAUGUUGGCAUUCAGUGAUAGCAUCCCAAGAGUAAUAGAUUCUGGGGCUGUCAAAGCAAGCUUUGCUGCAGAUGCUUUAGAAGCCCCGUCUUCAAUGUCCAAAGCAGCAAAGAAGGCAGUUGUAGAUGCAAAUGGUGUUCCUAUUCUUAUCGGGGCUGUUGUUGCUCCUUCUAAAGAGUGUUGA